UUGCAUCAGCUGGUCUUUCCGUACCACGUGGUUCAAGAGCAGUGUUCCCGGCAGCCCCAUCCCAUCUCUGUUGGGCCUCCGCUGUCCUCUCCCUCCAGACCAUCGCUUUUGGUUUCCAUAUUCUCUUCGUGGUUCGCCGAUGUCCGAGGAGAAGGCCAGCAGUCCUUCAGGGAAGAUGGGAGGCGAGGAGAAGCCGGUAGGUGCCAGUGAGGAGAAGCGAAAGGAAGGAGGCAAGAAGAAGAACAAAGAAGGAUCUGGGGAUGGAGGUCGAGCAGAGUUGAAUCCUUGGCCUGAAUAUAUUAACACGCGUCUUGAAAUGUAUAAUAAACUAAAAGCAGAACAUGAUUCCAUUCUGGCAGAAAAGGCAGAAAAAGCAAGCAAGCCAAUUAAAGUCACUCUGCCUGAUGGUAAACAGAUUGAUGCGGAAUCCUGGAAAACUACGCCAUAUCAAAUUGCUUCUGGAAUUAGUCAAGGCCUGGCUGAUAACACCGUUAUUGCUAAAGUGAAUAAAGUUGUUUGGGACCUGGACCGUCCUCUGGAAGAAGAUUGUACUUUGGAGCUUCUCAAAUUUGAGGAUGAGGAGGCCCAAGCAGUAAGUGUUUAUUCACUAAUCAUUGAAUUUCAGGAUGAAAAUUCCCAUUUAAACAUUCCUCCAACCUAUGGUAUGAGUAGAAUGGAAUGGAAAGAGAUUAACUAUACUUUCUUCUUCAGGGGUGUGUCCAGCAAUGAUUUCUCUUCUUUAGAGACUUUGUGUAAGAAAAUCAUUAAAGAAAAACAGGCUUUUGAAAGAUUGGAAGUUAAGAAAGAAACUUUGUUGGAAAUGUUUAAGUACAACAAGUUCAAAUGCCGGAUAUUGAAUGAAAAAGUGAAUACCCCAACUACCACAGUCUAUAGGUGUGGCCCCUUGAUAGAUCUCUGCCGAGGCCCUCAUGUCAGACACACCGGCAAAAUUAAGACUCUGAAAAUACACAAAAAUUCUUCCACAUACUGGGAAGGCAAAGCAGAUAUGGAGACUCUCCAGAGGAUUUACGGAAUUUCAUUCCCAGAUCCUAAGAUGUUGAAAGAGUGGGAGAGGUUCCAAGAGGAAGCCAAGAACCGAGAUCAUCGAAAAAUUGGGAGAGAUCAAGAACUAUAUUUCUUCCAUGAACUCAGCCCUGGAAGUUGCUUUUUCCUGCCGAAGGGAGCGUACAUUUAUAAUACGCUUAUCGAAUUCAUCAGGAGUGAAUAUAGGAAACGAGGAUUCCAGGAGGUAGUCACCCCAAACAUUUACAACAGCCGACUCUGGAUGACCUCGGGUCACUGGCAGCACUAUAGCGAGAACAUGUUCUCCUUUGAGGUGGAGAAGGAACUGUUUGCUCUGAAACCCAUGAACUGUCCAGGACACUGCCUUAUGUUUGAUCAUCGGCCAAGAUCCUGGCGAGAGCUACCUCUGCGGUUAGCCGAUUUUGGGGUACUUCAUAGGAACGAGCUGUCAGGAGCACUCACAGGACUCACGCGGGUACGAAGGUUCCAACAGGAUGACGCUCACAUAUUCUGUGCUAUGGAGCAGAUUGAGGAUGAAAUAAAAGGUUGUUUGGAUUUUCUGCGUACAGUAUAUAGCAUAUUUGGAUUUUCUUUUAAACUGAACUUGUCUACUCGCCCAGAAAAAUUCCUUGGAGAUAUUGAAGUCUGGAAUCAAGCUGAGAAACAACUUGAAAACAGCCUGAAUGAUUUUGGUGAAAAGUGGGAGUUAAACCCUGGAGAUGGGGCUUUCUAUGGUCCAAAGAUUGACAUACAGAUUAAAGAUGCCAUUGGUCGGUACCACCAGUGUGCAACAAUCCAGCUGGAUUUUCAGUUGCCCAUCAGAUUUAAUCUUACUUUUGUAAGUCAUGAUGGCGAUGAUAAGAAAAAACCAGUCAUUAUCCAUAGAGCCAUCUUGGGGUCAGUGGAAAGAAUGAUUGCUAUCCUCACUGAAAACUACGCAGGCAAAUGGCCCUUCUGGCUGUCUCCUCGCCAGGUGAUGGUAGUUGCAGUGGGACCAACAUGUGAUGAAUAUGCCCAAAAGGUACGGCAGCAAUUCCAUGAUGCUAAAUUCAUGGCGGACGUCGAUCUGGAUCCAGGCUGUACAUUAAAUAAGAAGAUCAGAAAUGCACAGUUAGCACAGUAUAACUUCAUCCUGGUUGUUGGUGAAAAAGAGAAAAGUGGCGGCACUGUUAACAUUCGUACAAGAGAUAACAAGGUACACGGAGAACGUACCGUUGGUGAAACCAUCGAGCGGCUGCAGCAGCUCAAGCAGUUCCGCAGCAAACAGGCAGAAGAAGAAUUUUAAUGAAGAACAUUGCCCCUCUCAGCUCAGUGGGAAAGGAUGAGCAAGUGUUGGCGCUAAUCCAGAGCGUUAACUUCGUACGCUGGAAAACAUUAAUUUAUACCGAACUCGGAAUGGUUUGGCACAGUCUGCUUAGGUGACUACAGGGGAGCAACCUUUUUUGACCUAGACAAGUUUUAGACAAUGUGUAUUUGAAGGAGGUAAUUAAAAGUGACACAUUAAAAUGAUUUUAUUCAUUAAGUAUCUGAGCACUGGAAAUAAACCAUGAGGAAUGCUUUAGUGUGAUCAGGGAGAACAUUUUUGUAAAUUUAAUGCAUUUGAAAAAUAAAAUCAGAUUAGAUUCAGACGAAAGACUAGAAUUAGAUUAUGGUAUAAAAAUAAAAACUUUAAAAUUCA